AUGCUCAAAAGAUCGGUUAUAGUUCUUGGUCAGGAAUAUGUAAGCACAGCUAAUGAACCAAAUGCACAGUUAAAUGAUUUAAAUGACAUUUAUCUGCUUCUGUUGUCAACAACUACUCAAACUGUAUAUUAUCCAGUUGUGUUAGCCUAUUAUAACAAUCAUUUUACACUGUUAGUUAUGAUUGAAACGCAGUCUUCUAUUUCAACAACAUCAGAUAGUUCAUCAUCGUUAUACUUAUAUUUGGCUUUGUCUUAUUUAUCGUCUUCUACAUUAUUGUUACGAGACUUGCCCAUACAUUAUUUAAAUUAUGUUGAAGAACAUAAUAUCAAUAAUCUAUCAAAGAAAUAUUUAACUAUAGAAGAUAUUGAAACAGAAGAGGAAAAUAUAGUUAAAUGUUGUGUAUUAAGUGAAGAUACACUUCCAAAACAUGUAAAUGUUUUAAAUGAUUAA